CUAGGCGGCUUCGUCUCUGCGCUUCUCCGGUGAGUUGCUCUCGGCCUCGGAGCAGCAGGACAUGUCCCGGCACACGGCAACGGAUGAUCAUUCCACUUGGCUCAGCACGGCCACAUAGGGGCCUUACCUCCCCGGCCGCUGCGAGGAGAGCGACUUAUGUCAUAGUUACACUGAUGCGUUGUGUGCCGCGGACAUGCUACGCUGCGCUGCCCUGCCUCUGGCUCUUCGUGCGCGGGAUCGGGCCAGCUGACACGCUCGUGCUCCCUACAGAAAGCGAAGCUUCUCACUCAAGUCUGCUCGAGAGCAGCAGCACAAGCUGCCUAGCAUCGUACUAGCAUCCGUCGUACGGUGGACGACCUCCGUCGCAGGACGCGCGUGACUGCCGUCCUCAUCAGAGCUAGCAAGCCUACGCCACGCUCGGACUCGACGACAUGCUCAAUGCAUGCGAGGCAGCCCGCUUGCGGCACUUCCAGCCCAGAAUCUGGCACCCGUCGAGCCUGCAGCUUUCGCGGCCUCGCCGUGCUGUCCUCGUUGCGCCGGACGUCGCUCGCGCGCCGUUCAGAUCGCCGAGGCCUCAUAUGGUCGCUUUGUACGCCCGAGCACAUUACACGGCUACCUAGCACCCCUGCGCCCCGUCCAUAGCGACGUCGUGGCAGCAAGUCAUAGCCCCUGUGGUCUGUGCUCCAUGUGUUGCGCCGCCGAUACGCUGCGAGCGCCCCCUGCAAUCUAGCCCUACCUUCUGCGGCAC